CGCACGAAAAUUAAAAAAUAUAAUUUGAGGUUAGAAUUUGUAUGAUGUGUCAAAAAUAUUGCUACAAAAACAUCGAUAGUAAUAAUGUUAAAUAGUGCCUUUUAAAAUUAUCUUCAAGGAAUAAUACUCCCUUUUGAAAUGGCGGUGGUAAUAGAGACGACUCUUGGUGACAUCACCGUGGAUUUGUACUUAGAACAACGUCCAGUGACAUGUCUCAACUUUCUGAAACUAUGCAAGAUGAAAUACUACAACUUCAACCUAUUUCACACAAUAAGAAGUGGAUUUAUAGCGCAGACUGGCGACCCUUCUGGCGAGGGGUCAGGCGGUGAGUCUAUUUUUGGUCUUUUGGAGGGUCCAGAGAAACGUUUCUUCUCCGGCGAGAAAAUGCCUAAAAUUCGUCAUACGAGCGCUGGAUUACUAUCAAUGGUGUGCACAGAUGAUAUGAUGGUAGGGUCGCAAUUUUUCCUCACUCUUGGCUCAGAAUUAGAUUCCUUAGACGGCAUACACUGUGUGAUUGGCGAGGUUACUGAGGGUCAUGAAGUUUUGCGUAAAUUAAACGAGGCAAUCUGUGAUGAGACUCAUAGACCUUACCAAGACGUGCGAAUUACUCACACAGUUGUUUUAGAUGAUCCAUUCAGUGAUCCUAAAGGAUUUCGUGCACCAUCCCGGUCACCUUCUCCCAGUGCGGAAAGGUUGAAAGGAGGCCGAAUAGCUCCUGACGAAGAGCUCGAUGAAACUGAAGGUAAAUCUGCUGCAGAAAUUCAAGAAAUUAUUGAAGAAAAAGAGGCUAAAGCUCGAGCUACCAUCUUGGAAAUUGUUGGUGACUUGCCUGAUGCCGACAUAGCUCCACCUGAAAAUGUACUGUUUGUAUGUAAACUAAAUCCAGUUACCACAGAUGAGGAUUUAGAAAUCAUAUUUAGUAGAUUUGGUAAAAUUGAAAGCUGUGAAGUCAUUCGAGAUAAAAAGACUGGUGAUUCAUUGCAGUAUGCAUUUAUAGAGUUUUCUGAUAAAAAAUCUUGUGAAGAUGCUUAUUUUAAAAUGGACAAUGUUUUAAUUGAUGACAGACGUAUACACGUAGAUUUCUCACAGUCCGUUUCUAAAAUGAGGUGGCUUGGCAAAGGCAGAGGAGUGCAACAUUUUGAUGACGAAGAAGCUAAAGAUGACUCUUUUAGACAUAAAUCAAAAAAACAUGGAAAUGAAGAUCGGAACAGAGACAGAAAAGGUAAUCAUCAUAAUGAUAGAGAAAAGGACAAACAUAAAAGACAUGGAGAAGAAAGAAAACGCGAAAGAUCUCAUGAAAGGGAUUAUAACAAGAAAAACAGAGAUGGAGAUGGUAGAUCCAACAAUAGAGAAGCAACUAGCUCCAAAGACAGGCAUAGUGACAAAAGGAACCAAAAACAUGACAGGGACUAUGAAAAGAAUAAUGAUGUAACUAGAACAAAAAGCCGUAGAGAAACAAGUAGUUCUGAAAGACAAGAUGACGAAAGACAAAAACGUAAUAAAGAGCAUGAAAGAAAGAAUAGGGUGACAGAUGUAAAAAAACAAAAGAAUCAUCGGGAAAGAAGUAGUUCAAUAGAAGAUGUUGUUGAAGAAAGGCAAAGACAUGAAAAAAAAGAUCAUGAUAAAAGCAAUCAAAAAGAAGAGGUGACAAAUAACAAAAAAUAUAAAGAAAAAGACAAUUCUCAACAAAGAACAAAUGAAGCAAGACAGAAAAAUGAUUGGUCCUCUGAAAGAACAAAUAAAGAAUAUGAUACAAGACAUGUGGAACAUGAGAGGAAGAAGGCAGAAAAGAAUCAGAGAGAAAGAAGUAGCUCAUAUGAAAGAGAAGAUUCAAAAAGAGAAUCAAGUGCAGUGAAAGAUAAGUCUAGGAAUGAAAAAGAUAGAUCUGUUGAUAUAAUUCAUAAUAGAAGAGAGGAAAAAAAUACCUAUCACAAUAAUCAUGAUACUAGUCCUGAAAUCUAUGAGCAAAGAGAAAAUGACAAUGUCAAAAGAAAUAAUUCUCAAAGCAAUGAUAUCAAAAAUAGAGAAAAUGAUUAUAAUUCUCACAAGACAAACAAAAAUAAAUCAAUGUCUAGAAAGAGGGAUCACAGUAAUGCUAGAGGUGAUGAUAGAGCUUCCCAUAGGAAUGAAAAAAGUAGAGAUAGAUCCUAUAGCAAAGAUGAGCCUCAACACAAAGGUAAAAAACGACAACUAGAAGAAUCAAAAAAUAAUAGCCAUAAGUCAAAAAAGAGCAGAAAAGAUAUUGAACCUCAAACUCCUCCUGUGGAAAAAAAGCAAAAACAUAGAUCAAAGAACAGUGACAAAUCAAAGAAAGGUGACAAGGGAAAGAAUAUUUCGAAAAAAGACAAAAACAAAAGAAAACGCAAAGUGUCUACGUCAUCAGACUCCUCCUCAUCAGAAUCAAGUACUAGCUCCGAUUCUAGUUCUUCUAGUGAAUCGGAUAACAGAAAGAAAAGGUUGAGAAGAAAAAGGAAAGAUUCAUCAUCCUCUAGUAGUAGUGACACUAGUGAUACUUCUUCUAGUUCUACCAGUAGUUCAGACUCCAGCAGUGACUCAACUAGUUCUAGUUCAGAUAGCGAAAAAGACAAAAGAAGAAAGAAAAAUGUCAAAAGGAAAGUUGUUAAGAAAAUUAAAAAGAAGUAGGUAGAUAUGUAUCAGUUUUAAUUUUUUGCUGUAACAAUGAGUGAAAUAAUUAUAUGUAGGUACUCUUUAUCUUUGUGAUGAUCAAAUUGCAAUAUUUUUUUAUACUGUAAGCUAUAAGGAUCAUUUUUUCUUCAUUCAAGUUAAAAAUAAUGUCAGGAUUUACAUUAUUAGUUAGGGUUCGGCCAAACCAACGCGAUCAGUCGGCGUGCAGCGAUGGCGACCAGACUUACGCAUUGAUCGCCAUCGCUGCACGCGUGUGAUCGCGUUGGUUUGGCUGAACCUUAAAAAAACAUCUUUUUUCUGAUUGACAUUAUACCAUUUAUAAAUUUCAUAGUAGCUACUUAGCUUACUUGAGUACAAUUAGAUAGCAAAAAUAGUAUUUCAUUUAAUAUUACUAUAUCAAACUUCAUUUUGAAUGUAUGAUGUGUACAUAGUAACCAAUAUAGCAGUGUUUAAAUAAUAGGAAAAGUUGUUUCGUUGGCUAUUAAUAAAAUAAGGAUCAAUAGUUGUGGAUGUGUGCAUUUAAUUUUUACAUAAUAAAUUAUAGUCCACAACUACACACCUAUAUAUAAUUUGAUAAUUUAAAAUGAAACAAUGUGGCCUAAAAUUAGCUUUUAAAUUGUGUAAUUAAUCAUAACGAUGUCAGUCUCUAAACUUUAAUAAAUUUAAACAAAAAUCAUCUUUAGAACUGAAACAGUUGUAUUUCUUGUAUCAAAUUGCCAAAUUUUAUUGGUGCAGACUACAUUAUUCAAGUUUAUCUCAUCUCUGUCAUUAUUUCCUACUGUUCUUACUUUCUUAAAUCUAGCAUACUAAACUUCUUCCCCACAUUAACUGUUAUUUGUAUAUUAUGAAAGACUUAUUUAAAUGAUUUAUUUUAAACUUAAAUAUUGUAAUUAUUAUGUAAUCGAAAGACGCGGUAGCGUGUCAAGCCAAGUUUAUGAUAUACAUAAAAAUUCAAAAUUUGUAGCUAAAUGUUCCACUACACAAUUAAACUUUAGUUAGGCAGAUAAUAUAUGUAUGUAGGUAUUGUAUAUCAUCACAAUUAAAAGCAAAUAAUCAACAAACUGUGUUGUUUCAGUAAAAAAAAUUAUAAAAGAUUUAACAGCAAUAAAUUUUAAAAAUAUUGUUUUAUUAGGGAAAUAAUAUUGAUUUUCAAUUUGACUGUAUUUUUCAAUUUAUAUAAAAGUGAUUAGGUAGUAAUUUUAUUUGUUUUUUUCUAGCUUGUAAGAUACAUAAAUUUUUAAGUGAUGCCAUUUUCAUUAUUAUGUGUUUAUGAUACAAAAUUCUUAAUUUGUAGUACAAAAAAGUGGAUGUAAUUUUUGUAUUUAUACAAGUAAAGUAUGAGUGUGACAUCUGAUGAAUUUUAAUUAGUUAGGUACUUAAUUAACUAAUAAAAUUAUGAUAAAUGAUGUAAGUACCUAUUAGUAGCUUUUUGCUUAGACAUUUUAUUAGUAGAUGGUAUGUCACAAUUAUCGAUAAGUACUCUAUGUAUUUUUUUAUACAUAAAAAAUAAAUAUUUGUUCCCAC